CAAAUCAGUCAUUUUUGCUCUCAAUCAGAAUAGUACUGUUUGUCUGUACUGUAGAACUCAAUAACGGAAAGUAGUUUAAGAAACCCUAAUAUAUAUGGGUAUAUCAUCGACUAGCCUUGAGAAGGUGCAGAUGAAGAAAGGGCCAUGGACUCGAGACGAAGACCAAAAGCUAUUGGCUUACAUUGAACGACAUGGCCUGGGAAGGUGGCGUGAUCUCCCGACUAAAGCAGGGCUUCAACGAUGUGGAAAAAGCUGCAGAUUACGAUGGACAAAUUAUUUACGACCUGAUAUUAAGAGAGGAAAGUUCAGCUUGCAAGAAGAAAAGAGAAUUAUUCAACUCCAUGCUCUUUUGGGCAACAGAUGGUCAGCAAUAGCAACUCACUUGCCAAAGAGGACUGACAAUGAGAUCAAGAAUUAUUGGAAUACACGUCUUAAGAAGAGAUUAAGCAGAAUGGGGAUUGAUCCAGUGACUCAUAAGCCCAAGAACCAGCCAGGCACCAAUAGUGCUCAGUCGAAGAAUGCUGCCAAUCUCAGCCACAUGGCACAAUGGGAAAGUGCUCGACUCGAAGCUGAAGCCAGGUUCCUCCACCAGUCCAAACUUGUAUCCAACCCUUAUUUAUUUCGCCUCCACCACAUCGCAACCUCUCUACCACGACUAGCACCUCCACCUCCACCUCCACCUCCACCACCAUGUUUAGAUAUACUAAAAGUCUGGCAAGGAACGUGUAAGUCCUUUUUCACCCCAACUGUAACCCUUGAGUCUCCAACAUCUACCUUAAACUUCUCGAGCAACAUGCUCCCAGUUGAAGAAACACACCAAUCCAUCCCGAACAUUUUUGUCCCUUCGACAAACAUUACUCCUGUCGAAAAUUCAAGUGCAUUAUGCGGAUAUGAAAAGCAUCACAACUCUUUCGAGACAAAUGACAUAAUGGAAAAUCCCAUGCAGCUUAUGGGUAAUUAUAACCAUAUUGAUCUGCCUAUAUCUGCUAACUACAACAUUGUUGCUGGUCCUGAAGGUUUCGAGGAGAUUAAGGAUUAUUGGAACGACAUACUUAAUUCAGUGAAUUCGCCAGUGUUUUAGCCUUUAAGAUUUGCUAGUUCAUGUAGAAAAUUGUGUCUUUCUAUGUAUUAUGCAACA